GGCUUUGGCAAAAUACUUGGACUGUUGAGUGUUGAGUGUUGGAGUUGGAAAAACAACCCAGUUCAUCAGUCCACUGGCUAGCUUUAUGCAGUCGUUACAUGAGAUAAGUCGGUUGGUGGACAUUUCUGACCGUCAUUUGUUUAGUUACUGAGCAUCUUUGCUGUUGAGAUGUGGCUGGUUUCGUUGGACGCUCCUCUCUGCUGACUUGCAGCGAGCUCGUGGAAAUUAUGUGUUGCGACGUUUUUGCAGCACCACUGCUCGCUGUCGUCGUUCGCUCUUCAGCGUUGAUUCAUUCUUGCUCGUAGUGUAGUUUUGUCCUGUACUGGGUGUUAGAGGAAUUUCUCCCUGGAAUGCAGCUGCUUCUGGUCGGCAGUUUGCUUUCUGUGCGAUUCUUGCCAGGCCCGAGGCUUCGCCUUUAGUCUGUGCCUGUUAUGCCGAGACUCAAUCUAUUCAAGACUGGCAGGAAAAAGAAUUUGCACAGUGACGUUCCACGUGCCGUUGGCCAUGGAAAGUACACGAAGAGAGCGACACCUUCUGCCACGGCUGCUGGCGAAGCAGGCAUUGCGAAUGUAGUUGCCACUGGUGGUGCUGGCGCCGCCGUGACCAGUGCUGAUGGAAGCGCUGUGGGCAACGAAUCAUUUGGGCGUGAGGUGCUCGUGGAUGACCCUGCAGCUUCGUCUAGGGUGUCGAGGAGUGUGGAUGGCAGGACUCAAUCUCUGUCUAGGAAUGAUUACGGUCAGGGAGAGGCUGGACCCGUGCAGACACGAAAGACUGCUGCUGCUGGAUGCCCUACAUGCAAAGAGAGGCGUUGCGAGACAGCCAGGCCCGUAUCUCUUGCACUGCCCAGGAAUGGCUAUUUGCCAACUUCCAGACUGAGUCAGCAUCCCAAUGCCGGCAAUGCGGCGGGAACAACGAUGCCAUCUGAAUUCAGAUAUUCUCUGUCACAAGGUCGCGGCGCACACGCAGGAAGUUGCGAGUGCUGUGCUGUCGGACAUAAGCAAGCCUUAGCCGGACAAUCGAGUCUGAACUCGCAGCUUCCGUCAUCGGCGCAGUCACAAAGACAGCAGCCGAAUGCCCUGCGUACGAGUGUGAGUCUCAAUCGCGUUGGCCCAGCAGGGUCGACGGGUGCUUUGCCACAAAGUUCGUCUGAUGGAUCUUCAGGACUUUCAGCAAGAUCGGCCGCAACAUUGACCAUGAAUGAGAAGUACAGGUCUUCUCCUAGCCUGGCAAGAACAACAGAGCAGACGCCGGCACCUGCUGAUGGGCCAUCGUACGUACCACAAACAACUCCCAAAAAGAGUGUUCCCGGAGCGCCGGAGGAAAGGCGCCACAGCGUGGACUCAUCGGAAAUGCUGGCAGCGUACAAUGAGAGCAAGGACUUUGGCAGCAAUGCCAGUACCUUGCAGUCGAGCAGUGGCGGAGUGAUUCGUGCCAAUGAGGGGCUCGAGAACAUGGCCGUCAACAGGGAGGACACACCACAGGCUGAAGCCAAUGUCAACGAGGUUGAUCUGUCUACUCUGCCACCGGGAUGGGAGGCAGCCUAUGCCGAUAACGGGAGAAUCUACUACAUAGAUCAUAAUCAAGGUGACACGCAUUGGCUUCAUCCCGCAGUUCUGGAACAGCGUGGCAUGCAAGUAAUGCCGGAUGGAUGGGAGCGUGUUGAUUCCAGUGACUAUGGUGUUUAUUACGUCAACCAUAUGAAGGGUACAACUUGGCGGCCAAACUCAACGUUCAUUCCGCAGGUUGCCUCGCCUCACCAGUCAGGGCAGCUCACUUCUCCGCAAGCGGCAUCAACACCAUCCUAUGUAGCCUUGGUGCAGCAGGGUAUGCAGCCAGCGCAGCCGCAGGGCACCCAGCAACAGCUACCCGACAGCCCGCAGGCCAUUCUACAAAAGCUGAGCCAUCUUCUCCAGCAGCCAGUGGCGCCCACUUCAAUACAGCCAGUGCCGCAGCAGGCCGCGAAUGCAUCGCAGCCGCACAUGUCAUCCCCACAGAUGCAGCAGCAUCAACAGUUUGGCCAGCUGUCUGGACACCCUCUAUCUCAUGCUGCCACCAUGACAGGCUUACCGGCACAGCAGCAGCAGGUAGCAGCUCCCUUCAACCGCAGUCAGCAAGGCCGGCAUUCCUCCAGGAGCGUUGAGAGUAGCAGAACACACGUGUCGCUGACCUCACUGGGCAGUGCCGGAACUGGCGGUGUUAUUGCGGCGUUGCAUGCUCGCAUAGGAUCUCAUGACAGCACUGGAUCACCAAGCGGUAUCCGCUACACCGGACGGCGUUUCAGCCAGGACAAUAACAUUGAUGUAGGUAGCAUUGGCAGCCAGUCCCCGACUUCUUUAUCACGCCAUUCUUCACGGCGCUGGAGUCAACGCCGAAAUCUGCCCGGUGAAAUAGAGUCCAUUGAGAGAUUUUCAAUGCGUCGCAAGAACCAGCAGCAGCAGCCCAGUGCACCUGCUAGUGGUGAUAGCUCACCCACUGGAACAUUCAUUCGUUCAUCGUCCCGUAGGUUCCAUGAGCUUCCUCUGGGUGCUACUGAGAACCCCCAGACUGGGGUGAUGUCACGACACGGCUCUAGACGCUUUGGCCCACGUGCGACAUAUGUUCCACCGGACCCGUUUGCUGCACAGGAAAUUCCAACUUGGCUAAUAUCAUAUGUCCGGGGUCCAGACAGCUCCCAACACGAUCAAUUAGAAUGGGAAGGCCGUGAUAUGCCAAAUCUGGAAGGAUGGCUGGUGAUGGUGAAGCGCCUGUUCCUGGAGGAUGUCAAGGGUAUUGUGAUGAAGUACGAGAACUACCGGCAUGCGCUGCGUCAGGAGAUGCUUACGCGCGAGUUUGCGGCGGGCGAUGAUCCUGAGCCACUGCACCUGCUUGCAAGCCAGCCAGACAUGCUUGAUGAGCAGUUCCUGUCCAUGCAGCAGGUUGCCAUGUCAUUGCCACGCAACACCAACGUGCAUCCUAUGCUACAACCACAGCAUCAGGCAGUUGCAGCUACACCGCCACAACAGCUAGUCACGGGCCCACCUCCACAACAGAUAUUGGCGCCCGCACCGCCGCAACAGAUAUUGCCACCCGCACCGCCACAGCAUCAGGUGGUGGCAGCACAGCAACACUCGCUACCGGCUGUAUCAUCAUCGCAGAAGCCCACUCUGGUUCAUCAGACAUCGGCACCAGUGCCACCAACGCAGUACGCGCAUGUGCCUUACCAGCCUCAACAUCAGCAAGCUGAUAACAGGCUUCUUCCUCAGCAGUCUGCCCCUAACCCUCCAGCAUUGCAGCAAGCACCAAGCAUGCCUACAUCCGGUGGUGUGGAAGUAGGAGAUGCCAAUAUCGCCCGACACAUUGUUGCCGAGCAAGCCAACAGAGCUAACCACAUGGACCGCAAAGUCUCCUCGUCGUCAUUGCCCGAAGAUACUUCGACGCACCGGGCACCGUUCAUGCAGAUUCAACUGACACAGCCCUAUCGUCAGCUUGGUGAAGGUAUUGCAGACAGGACCAACGAUGCUCGCAGUGCAGACAUUAGUGACAGUGGCGGAGACCUUGGAUCAUUUUCUGGUGCUUCAUUGCCCUCCACUGCCAGUCCCAGUAUAGGCCGGCAUUCAAGCGCAUCUGGAUCAAGUAGUGCAAACAAUCUCCUAUCAGAUCAAUCACCCACCGUAGACAAGGACAGUGCAUCAAUCGAAGGAGUGGCAAUCCCACAAAUUCCCAACGCUCCUGCUCCGUUUUGCGCCAUACAACUGCGCACACCACUGCGUAGUGAGUCUCUGGACGAUCCCAAUGCACUGAACAACUGGCCAACCACCGCGUCGACGCACCAACAGUCAAAAUCAGUCGGCAGUGAUGACUCCAGUCACCAUUCGCAUCACUCAGCAGCCUCGUAUCACCAAGUUCGACACACGGAUAGCAGGUCUCUGGCUAGCCAGGGCUCCAUGGAUAUUGGACGCUACGUGCCCGGAGAAUCCCGAUCAUACCACUCGCUGCAGGGCAGCUCCGGAAGCACGGAUGCCAUCCUAUCUGGUAACAUUGUAGUAAAGCAGCCAACAUUGUCCAUUCUGGCUGAUGACUGCAAGCCGCUGUAUAGCACCGAGUCACCGCCUGAACUGCCACUGUCACUGGCACAGCAGAGGAAUGCAAUCUAUGGCCAAAACACAGAGUACGUCUAGUGACAACCUAAAGAGCAACAGGACGAGUCGCCACACACCGUCCUCGAGUUCUCCCCUUUGGUACCGAAUCAAGUAUAUGCGGACUACUGACAGCUCAGAACUGUAGCUAAAUCGGUGUGUGUGUGUGUGUGUGUGUGUACAUGCGUAUGUGUACGUGUCUGUGUGUUUGCGUGUACAUGUGCAUGUGAGAGAAUAUGCUUGACUGUGCAUGUGUGCCCGCCGCUCAUGCGUUGUUGCUCUCGUGAAAGCUAAAAACAAUUUGUAUGCAAGUAAGACCAGGACAAAGGCUCCAGGAGCUAAGACAUACGUAGUACAUGGCAUCGGAUCGUGAUAUCAUGUACGGUCGUAAGAUUUUCUCUUGUGUGUGUAUUCCCGCCAGUCAUCCUGUCAUUUGUGGCAUGGAACAGAGCUGACAGGCUCAUCAAGCCCGGAUGUCCUCGCACGGUUGCCACCUACAUCUGUCCUCGACGGCAGUGUGUUGAUGUGAUUCUACUUGAGAAACUGGAACAUCCGUAUUAACGUUAUUCUCCAGACCCCUUUCUUUUGACGAUGUGCCGCGGCAACCAAAUGGUAUGUAAUGAGUAGCUCACCUUGGCUUGUUGAUGCCACUACUUGGCACUAGACAACUAUCUUUGCAUGUGUACGCUACCACGGUCCCACAUUGGUGCCAUUCACAUGUUCACUCUGCUACUUGCUGUCCGUAUCCUGCUUUCUUUGCUACCGGCUUUGCUGCUGCCUGCGCUACCGCCGCUCGCCCCGGUCUCUGUGUCAGCGUGGCACAUGUACUUGCGUACUGUUGGUGCACCGCCGCUGCGACACUUACCCCGGCACGACCUGUAUGCUGCUUGACACGCCACAGCACCCAGCACAGCCGACUGCCCGUAGACUCCACGCUCAGGCUGCGGCUUUGCCUGCAGCCGCCAGCCGACCAACUAUUUGAGCCCAACUUGAGCCCAUAGCGAUGCUAUUCUCCCCACUCCUGUUUAGCCAAUUGUCAAGUGCUAGUUUGCUACCGUUUUCGUAACUGAUUUCCGUUACUAAUUUAUCAGGUCUAGGAAAAGCUACGUCACAAUCAUUCAUUGCUCUCUACUGAUUGUGUCCACUUUAGGUAACUUUAGAUUCUAUGAUUUCUUUAGCAGUAGUGGUAGUAACUGUUAAUCCUUUCGUAAUAAUUAUUGUAUUGAUUAGUACGGUAGUGGUCUAAGGUCAUCCGUCGGAUUUGUGCAGUUUCACCAUUCUCCACGUCAGUACUCUAUCAAGUGCCCAUAGCACUGGAGAUUACUCUCAGUCUAUGUGCAUCAACAACAUGGAUUUUACCGUC